AUGGCAGAUUCUCAAUCUUUGGCAGUAGGGUUAGCUGUCGGUAUACCAUCCUUUAUCGUCUUGGUGGUAGUAGCGUUGUUUUGGUAUAGAAAUCAGAACAAGCAAAAGAAGGAAGACUUGCGAGAUAACGAGUUUGAUAUCGGUUUACAAGAUGAUCAUUCUUUCAGUCAGUUCCAAGAAGAAUUACACAUGCAUAAGGAAAAGAAUGACUUUAUCCAGACAAAGGAACAUGAAAGACUAGCAGGAGACUCUUCUGAAACAAGUGGUAGUAAUGAUGGACAACAACAUUCCACUUCAACCAUAAGUAGAUGCCUACAAAACCCUUAUGAACGUCCGGCAAUAACUAAACCACAAUCAAGUUAUGAUUUCUACGAGACAUUUAUCCCUGUGUUACUUACUACAAACCAACAUCCAACACCAUCAGAACCUGGUUCUACGGCUGAUAUCAGCGACUCGAAUAUUAACACAGCUGCUGGUAGCACAACGUCAUUGGUCAAUUACCAUAAGCAUUCAUCAUCAAAUGAUUUAGACACAUUAGCAAAGCAAUUAAACAACCCAGCAUUUUUUGAAAAACUACCUAGCAGAGCCGCAACCGCCAAAUAUUCCGUCAAACCAAGACAAGUAAUUGGUAGUCCAACUAAUGGUAAUUCUUAUAAUAAUUCGAGUAGCGAUUUGAUCAACAAUUACUUGGUUGGAGAAACUCAUGCUAUAAAUGAUCAUUUUGUAUAUGAAGCACCAAAAGUUGAAGUAACCCAGGUACAACCAAAAGAAAAACAAACACCACUCGAGCAACAUGAAGAAUCAUCAGAAGCCGAUGCUACAGAAAGUAGUACGAGCACAACUCCAUUUAACGAUAAGCAUAAUAUAGCACACUAA